AGCUAAUUUGUUUAUAUCGGCAUCUUGGUGAUGUGCUACGACGACGUCUGUCAUAUUGCUCCCGAAAACACAAACCUUUCGAUAACAAGGUAACAGAAAACUGAAGUGAAGAAGUCAUUUUUGUAACAUGUUUCGGUGUGUGUCAUCUUCAUAAAACCGCCUCACUGUGCUCGUUUAACCCAGAAAACCCUUCCGCCUCCAGCUGGUCCUUUCUGAGACGCAGUCUGGUUUUUCUGUCAGAUGUCCUCAGAUUUUGCAAAUGUGAGAGCCAGAGACUUUAAGACUGUGACAUAUUUUCAGGAUGUAAAUCAGUCCGAGACUAAACAGGAGAUUCUCUCUGACUGUUUGUGGCUGACUGGAAACCAAACAUACAUGCAGAAAGAUGAGACCAGAGACAAACCACUUACACCAGUUUAGGUUUCUAGUUUAUGAAGUUUGUUUUCUUAUAUUAGUAAAGCACAAUGUCUGAUGUCGGUUAAUACCAGUAUCUGCCUCUUUGUCCGUGACUCUUAGAUGAUGCCAGCCUAGAAGACAAGGACAAAAUGGACAAUGGCAAAGCAAGUCGUGUGUGUCGACCCCACCGGAUCAGUGAAUCAGCCAAGGUGUGUGCGUGCGUGUGUGUGUGUGUGUGUGUGUGUGUGUGUGUGUGUGUGUGUGUGUGUUUGUGUGUGUGUGAGAGAGAGAGAGAGAGAGAGUUACACUAACUUAGUGGUUCAUCAGUGAGAACAAAUAAACUGGAGCUCAGUUCAGAGUUUUAUUGUUUAAUAGUUUGAACUGAUUUGUGAAUGAAAAUGGUGGUUAACAAUGUUUCAUAGCUAACAAAGGUAAGAUAUUAUGAACACAUGAAUGUAAAUGUUAGAGUGAAAAUACAAGUGAACCACAGAAGACAUUAGUCAAAUGACAGAGGGGGUGUUACACUCAUUGUUAUGCCUCAUAUUGUUCCUCUGGUCGCUGUGUUCACAGCUCAAAAUAUUCCCUCUUAGAUUGGGAUCUUCGAUAUAAAACAUUAUAUUAGCCUUGGUCUGAAUAUUUCAUUUCAGUCUCUUCAAAGCACUUCAAACUCUCCAGAAGCUUCAUCCACUGUUGCCAUUCCACAAAAUAGGCAUGUCAAAUCAUGAUAUAUAGCUAGUUGUGUGCAUUGUACCUCAAACCUGACUCAGAAAGUAAAAAACAAACAAACAUAUGAGCAUUUUGUUUACUGUGUCCUUUUAAUGAGACAAACCAGCUGGUCUCAAAUUGGUCUCAUCUCAUGUGGCUCUUGCUUUGCUCUCGUGUGGCUUUUGAAACAGGCUGUUAAGAGCAGAUUACAGUCUCAUCGUGAGAUUACUACAACAAAAAAACUACCUCACAGUUUGAAACUUUUCCUACCUUUAGUGUUGAUAUGCAACACUUACACUGAUAUUUGUAGAAUAUGUAAAGAGCUCAACACCACCUCUUUAAACUAAAGUAUCAGGAGCUAUGAGGCAUCCAAAAACCAGGCAGCUCCAUUGUCCUCAAACGUGUUGUGUUGUUUUUGUGUUGUGUUGGCAGGUUUUCCACUGUGUGGACCAGCCUGUGGAGGUGCUGCAGGGCCUAAACGAGCAGCGGCAAAGCAACCAGUUCUGUGAUGUGGUGCUGGUGGCAGACGAGCAGCAGGUCCCCGCUCACAGAGCCCUGCUGGCGGUUUCCAGCCCGUACUUCCACGCCAUGUUCACUCUGGGUAUGAGGGAGGAACGCCAGCAGGAGGUGAAGUCUACUGAAAAGAUUUUAUCUAUAGGGAAAGAAUAAAAGAGGGAAUUUUAGAUAUACAAUGUUAAUCUCUCUUUGUAAACCUCAAUCUGUGUGUAUGAAAUUUUAAAAUUGUUCAUGUUGUGAUGUAUACAUUGUAAGAACAUGAUCAGUUGUACAUCGAUAUUAUCAAACCACUGGUUUACCACCAUUAUCUUCUUCUUCUCUGCAGGUGGAGUUGGUUGGGGUCUCCUGUAUAGGUCUUAAAGCUGUAUUGGACUUCUUGUACAGCGGUGAGCUGGCAUUGGAUGGAGGAAACAUAGACUAUGUUCUGGAAGCUGCUCACCUCCUACAGGUGAGACUCCAUCCAACACAUGAUAUCAGAUGUAGAGAACCAUUUCUCUAGAUAGUGUUUAUUUCUCUGUAUGUUUUGUAAAAUAAGAAAGGUAACACUUCAGUGCUCUUGUGUUUCAGGUGUGGCGAGUGGUGGAUUUCUGCUGCCAGUAUCUAGAGCGUGAGGUGAGUGAAGACAACUACCUCUACCUGCAGGAGCUGGCUCUGCUCUACAGUCUGGAGCGACUGGACACAUUUAUUGACCACUUCAUCCUCACUCGCUUUGCCACGCUGUCUUUCACCCCUGAUUUCCUGCGUGACAUUCCUUUCCACAAACUCAACUCCUACCUCUCCAGUGGCCAGGUGAACACUCUACCUGUAAACCACCCCAACACACCAUGAUCCACAGCAUGUUUACUGUAAAGACUUGUGCAGUAAGAGUGACUACUCUCUUCAUCUCCAGGUUCAGCAUGACAGUGAGCAGGCUCUCCUCCAGGCCUCGCUGCAGUGGCUCAGCCAAAGUCCAGAGCGUACCCACCACGCCAGACAGCUCCUCUCCCACAUCCACCUCCCUCUGAUGCCUGUGGGGGAUCUGGUCGGUCGGGUGCUGCCAGUUGUGCAGGCCCUGUUGCCUGAGGAAGCUGGCUGUGAGGCUCUGGUGGAGGAAGCCGUGGGGUAUCACACCAGACCUAGUGCUCAGCCGCUUUUGCAGACAGGACGGACUACGCUGCGGGGAGAAGUAGAGUGUCUGCUGCUGAUUGGAGGAGAGGUAAAGAUAUUGAAUGAAGCAGGGCAUCACUUUGGCCCAGUUUGUGGAGCUGACACUUCAUGAUCGGAGGCUACAGUCCUCAUCACACUGGUUGAAGAAACUAUUACCAGUCCUGUCAGUAUUGGGUAGAAAACAAAAGGAGGAAUCCAACCUAAACUUCACCUGACCCCUCGACAGCACAGACACCGUUAUAAGAGCCACAGACAAGAGUUCUGACAGGGUUAUCAGUUUGACUCAGUCACAUGAAGCUGCACUCUGGUGGCUCAGCAAGCCCUAAAACCGGAUUCAAAAGUGCCCUCUCCUCUGGUUCGCUGACUGUGUGCUGUGUUGUGGCACACCUGUCAGACUUCCCUGUCAGAUGUGUUGGCAAAUGUCACAAACGUGAUUGGAGGCACCACCAACACACCCCCACAUCAUGUGCAAACACAAUUUCAUGCAUACACAAAGCAGUCCAAAAAGGGUUAAUCUUAGUGAGCAAGGUAGCACAAUUUUUGUGGAUCAGCAGUAUUUAGGUAAAGCACAAUCACACACACAAAAACAAGCAGGACAGGGUGGUUAUAAAAUCAUAACUUUGUGCUCCAGCAGGUUAAUGGCUGUUUCAUAUUUUAGGAGGGGGUGAUUAAACAGGCAUUUUUUGUCAGGAAAAUAGAAGGGCACAUGGAUUGCUGCCUGACCUGACCUGCUUUGUGAAGUCAUUAUCUUCAAUCUUUGCUUGAACAGGAGCUUAUCAGAAAUCUGUUACCACUUCUGUUUACAUCUUCAGGUGUCGGAGCGUGGAGAGGAGCUGAGUGCAAAUGUUAGCAGGCUGGACAGCGAAACAGGAAAGUGGGAGGUGGAGACAGAGCUGCCUGCCCAGCGGAGCCACCACUGCCUGGCAGUUCUUGGGGGUUUUAUCUUUGCUGCAGGAGGCAGCUCAUCCAGAGACAACGGUGGAGAUGCUGCCUGCAACCUGCUGUACAGAUACGACCCCCGUCAUAACCAGUGGACCAGGGUACUGUUCCAGAGCCAGCUUUUAUCUCAAAUGAAAAACUCUGUGGGGGAAUUUAAACAGAUACUAAAUAAUCUAUUAAAGGAGGUGAUCUUAGAUAGAGCCAAAUAAAUCUGACACCCCUCAGCUGCUUUUGCUCUGUCAAACAUCCUGUCUAUAGAAGUUUUUCGUUGACGGUGUGUUUAUUUCAGGGUGCUUCAAUGAACCAGCGGCGAGUGGACUUUUACUUAGGGGCGGUUGGAGAGUGUCUGAUUGCUGUUGGAGGGAGGAACGACACCGGAGCUUUGUCCUCUGUGGAGGUUUAUUAUCCUGCUGAGGACUGCUGGACCUAUGUAGCCGGACUGCCCAGGUAAGAGAACAUGAAAACACCCAGUUUGAUGUUUAAUUGGAAUUUUAUUUUGUGUCCACAUAACGUUAUCUCCCUAACCUGUUACAGUUCAGCACAUGGUAGCUGCUGACCUCAUUGAAAUAUCAAAUCCAAUUUUGAAUGAGUGCUGUAAAGUACAGGAUGUCAUCUGUGAUGUAAUGCUGAGGUAUCUCUCUUCUGAUAAAAGCCCAUCCGCUCUGAUAGUGAACGUUUUCAUGCUGUUUCAUGAAACAAACGUGCUGACUCUGUGUCAACUACUUGUGUGAUUUCUUUUUUAAUCUCUAUUUUCUCUAUUUUUAAAAAGCAUGAAGAACAUCAAAUUUGUUUUUGUACAUUAAAUUUCAGGAAUAAAAGACACCAAUUAUGCAUGGAGCUAAUUUAGUUGAUUCAGUUGACCUUUCCAACUUUUAAUAGUUUAUCAAGUAUUGGAUUUUCACUUUACAAUGUCAGAGCAGCAGAUUUGAUGGAAUUAAGAUUAUUUAUAUGUAUAACAAAUUGAUGAAGGUCCUAAAGUAAUAUUAGUCCUGUACGUAGAGCUUUGAUUGCUGUGGUUAAAGUUUCUGAAGAUGUAGGAUUUUUCGUCACCCUUACAUUUGUAUUUGACUUCCUAAUUCUCGUCACUCUUAGGUUUACAUACGGCCAUGCUGGAACAGUCCACCACGGUGUUGUCUACAUCUCAGGCGGUCAUGACUAUCAGAUUGGCCCUUACCGCCGAGAUGUCCUAAGUUAUGAUCCCUCCAGGGACAGUGAUGUUUGGGUGGAGCGCCAGGCCAUGUCUCUGGCCCGGGGCUGGCACUGCAUGGCCUCCCUCAACCACCUCAUUUAUGCCGUCGGAGGCAGCGAUGACCAUGAAGACACCACAGAGCGCUUUGACAUCCUACAGGUGGAAUCCUAUGAUCCUCGCAGCGGACAGUGGACCCAAGUGGCGCCGCUGCUUCUGCCCAACAGUGAGGCGGGACUCGCUGUGUGGACGGGGAGGAUCUAUGUUCUUGGGGGUUACAGCUGGGAGAGUAUGGCUUUCUCAAGAGCCACUCAGGUGUAUGACCCGGACAAAGGUGCGUGGUCUAGAGGGCCAGACCUGCCUAAACGCAUUGCUGGAGCGUCAGCCUGUGUGUGUACUGUAAAGGCCUCUUUGUCAUCACCAUCUAAAGAGACAAAAAAGAUUGGACAAGUCAUGGCGGGAAGGUCACGCCCAACGUAGAGCUGAUAUAAUUGUUUUUUCAAAUGUGUUUGAGGACGCAGGAAAAUUUAGGAAAUAAUUUGAUCACCAGCCUAGAGGCACAGCAGGGUCUGAACACAGUCUGUGCUUCAUUUCCUUUCACAGUUACCCAUUGUCUGAAGACUCCAGUAUGUCGGUAUAAAAGUGUCCCUCAAAAGAGCAGGACACAUGUCUCUACUUUUCUUAUUUAUAAACAACCAGUGCAGUAUUUUUAAGUGAACUUUUAAUGUGUGUGUUCACUUUUAAAAAAAUUAUUGAGACCUUUGACUUUCGUUACAUGCAGUUUUCCUUAACAUUGUUAUUUUGGCGUUACUUUGUGUCACUGCAGGAACGCAGCACUGUGGCAGCAGACAGCUGAGCUGAGCUGAAUAUAUAAUGAGCUCACCAAAAGCUUUUCUAUGUGAACCGUACCAUGAGGAGCUUUUUGAAGACCAAAGGUGGGCACAGUUUAUCAACAAUUAAACUAUAUUAACCAGCAAAGACAAUAACUUUGACAAUCUGUUAGUUCUGUUCAAAAUGAACUGAGGUUAGUGGUAAACUAGCCAUGAGUUGGAUUUUCCGUCCACUUAAAUAAAGGUUGGGUGAUACCCGGCAGCAAUCAGAGGUCCCCUUUAUCUGGUGCUAAAAUAUUAUGAAGUCUGAUGCAGAUUCAGUAUACUGCAUAACACACUUUACAAACACAUCACUGGGGCUACUGGUGACAGCAAGGGAAUCAAAUUGACCGCACAACUCCUAAAUAUAUGUUCUGCUAGAGCACAAACUCUGCUCAGAAAGCUUGUGUUUAAGAUGUUAAAUUAGACCAAAUCUAACAGGAGUUUAAGAUUUGGAUUGUGGUUUAUUUCAAAAUAACCUCCACAAUGAAAAUGAUUAAAAGAAAAUAACUUACUAGAUAAACUGGCAUAUGUCCACCUCUGGUGAAGGUCGAUAGAGCCGACUCUUGCUAUGUCAAAUGACCUGGAUUGAGGAGCCAUCAAUAAGAGAAUCUAUGCUUGGAUGAAAAGAGGAUUCAAACACUGCACUAACAUGGUAAAAUGGAUUAUAGACAACUUAAUCUUUUACCGAACCUGGAUCGUGGUGACCUUCACCAAUACAGCAAGAGGGGGAGCCGACUGCCUGAUUUCUAACAUCUUAAUGUUUGUGUGAAUUGUAACAGAAUUAACAAAUUAACUUUUAUCAAAGCUGACUUCUUUCAUAAGAGACCAAUAGUUAACAAAGAUCAUUUUGACAAACGGUGUCCAUCUCUGGCUGUAGCAUUCAAACAUCUCGUUUUGAAACAGAAACAAGAGCACGUAGGAGCCUGUGAACAUUCAUGAUGUGUGAUGUUAUGAGGGUAACUUGAGGCCUGGAUAGUUCUUUAAAGUGUGGGCAUUUAUUUUAAGUCAACAGACUGGUUUGAACUGACGUCCUCCUGUCACCAAAGCACAUGUGACAUUCAUAUGUAACUCGCUUUUCCAGGGUGCCUAUCUCAACACACUGUAAUUGAUCUGUGAAGUUGUACAUAUAUAUAAACAGUGGUUAUAAAAGGUCCACACACCCCUGUGAAAAUGCCAGGUUUUUGUGAUGUGGACAAAUGAGACAAACAUAAAUCAUUUUACAAUUUUUUUACAACCUUUCUGUGACCUCCUUCAAAAAAAAACUUCUGGUUAAGCCGGUGUUUUAUUGAUUUCGACGUAUGCUUGUGGUCAUUGUCAUGCUGAAAGAUGAAGUUCCUCUUCAUCUUCCGCUUUCUGGCAGAAGCCCGUUAUUUGUUACUGUUCGCAAUCCCCUCCAGCUUGACUUAGGCCCCGGUUACAGCUGAAGAAAAACAGCCCAAAAGUAUGAUGCCGCCACGAUCAUACUUGACUGUGGGUAUGCUGUUCUUUUGGUGAUGUGCAGUGUUGUUUUUGUGCUUCCCUGGAAUUAUGGCCAAAAAGUUCCAUCUGGUUUCAUCAGACCAUGAUACAUUUUCCCACAUGCUUUUAGGACACUUCAGAUGUGUUGGUUUUUGCAAAACUUUGAUGUUUUUACUUGACAAGAAAAAUUUUUUGUCUUGUCAACCUACUCCAUAGCCCAGACAUAUGAUGAAUACAAGGGAUUGCUGUCACAUGUACUACUACUUAGUUUCUGCAGCUCUUUAAAUGUUGCUGUUGGCCUCUCGGUAGCCUCCCUGACCAUUUAUCCUUGUCUCAAUAUUUUACAUCACAAAAAUCUGGUAUUUUAACAGUAGUGUGUCGACUUUUUAUGUCCACUGUAAAUUAAUAAAAGAGUGUAAAAUUGAAGCA